AUGGCCUUGUUGGUGAUCUACGAAGAAGUUCAAGAUAGACACAAUAGCUUCUCUAUCACGCAAUUAAAAACGAGAUUCUAUCCCGGUCUUAAGCCUUCUCUUAAGUAA